GCUACCCUGUUUCCACCUCUAUAGAUGCAGCUGAGAAGGCUCUGCUGGGUCCUUACACGGAGCUGUGCUUCCCACAGAACCCCACAGCAGACGCUGACCAGGCGAUGCUGCCUGGGGACAUGGGGGUCCUGCCAGGACUGGACACUCAGGAAUGUGGCCAAGGGUAGGGAACACAGGGAGCAGACAAGCCCUUGACUGCAGCCCUGAUCAGUCCCACCACACAGAGCUGGCAAAUCUCAGCACAGCCGGGAUCUGGGCCAGUGAUGAGUCCACAGAGCCAUGCUGGCUCUGCCUGUGCUGUUCUCCCAGCAGUUUAAAAAUAGCUGCUAUUAAAUACCAAGGAAGAAAUACAUCCAUGUUUAGUUUGGGAUGAGUAAUAUCUCCCUGCACCUCAGCCUUGAGGAGAGGAAGAGGGAGAGGUUCCUUUGUACCUAACUAAGGAGCCUUGGCUGGGCUCCUUUUUGAAUUUGGCAGCAGUGGUGCAUCAGAGAGAGUCAUCCUUGGCUUAAGAUAGGGCAUGUAAGUGAUCCCUCAUGUUAUGAUAUCAUCGGGACUAAAGCAGGUCAGGGAUAUUUCAAGGCAAGAGACAUUUGUCAAGAAUGAAAAAUCCAAGCUUUGCAUGGGAAAGAGUAGAAUUUUACCAGACUUUGCUGUUUGACUUGGUGCUGAAAAAAACAGGUCUCUAAAAAAUUCCAUAAUGAUGGGACUAGAGACCACUGGACCAUCCCAGGAUUUUUGGCCCUGGAUCAGGAAUCUGGGGUCCCCUUAAACCAAGUAUUUAGGAUUUGUUCUUUUUUUCUUUCCAUUUCUUUCUUGUCUUUCACACAAGAUGGGGGAAAAGGAUCACACACUGCCUGGAUUUGAGACCCUGUAUUUAAUUUCCCAACUGCAUGGGAAAAGAAGUCUCUUACAGGAGCACACAAAUGAUGGAGUUUUCCACAGCAUUGCUGGGUUUCCACAGCAUUGCUGGGAUUUUAUUUUUUUUUUUUAAUCAGAGCACAUGAUGUCACCAGACUAUCUAGCUCAACGCUGUCACAGUUUUGUGUGCCUUUUCCAGCACUAGGAAUGUCUUUUCCCCUGGCUGGCCAGGGGUGAAUCAUGGCCUAUCUUAGAGCCUCACACCACUCCCCAGCCCCUGACUCAAAGGCCUUGUAAUAGCCAUGGCUUCACUGGAAGGGCUUUGCGUGAGGUCCUUCUGGGGAGCCAAUUCCAUCCAGGGAGCUGGGAAUACCACAGCUACCACUGAGGUGGGUGCUGGAUUUGCUCAGAGACAGGAGCUGUAAUGCUUCCUAAAUAAGUCCAGGAGCCAGCUGUCCCAGAUCUCUCAGGGACCAGACACAUCCAAGGCUGUACCUGCGCUGUCUUCUGUCAUUCCCUCGGAGCUAGAGAGGUGUUGGUGCCCCACGAGCCCCAGCAGUGAGCAGGGCAGAUCUUCCAUGGGAGCCUCCUCACCAUCCCACAGGGGACACCCCCGACUUGGGAUGGGGAAAGCUGUGUCAAGGGGUUUGAAGCCACACAACAACACAAGCUAAGCACAGACCACACUUCUCAGGGGCUGGGAUGUCUGAUGUGGAGGGCAAGAGCUUGGCAGUGUCCAGAGAGCUCUGCUGACUGGAGUUGGGUUUAUCCGCAAACACAUGUCAGUCUGGAGCUGGAUAACUGCCCAAAAAGUCAAAGCACCAGUGGCUGCAUCUCUUUCCAGGCACAGCACAGUCACACCUAAGACACUGCUACAGGGCUGAGCAGUGCUCUAGGGGAUGGCUUUUACACCCCUUAGAAAACCACAUUCCCAGGCAGCCAAACCAGCUGGGCUGUGUGCCCCUGGUCACGCUGGCAAUAUCAGUUGAUCUGAAGGAAGCUGCCACCAAGGACGUCACCAAGUCACUGAUUAAAGAGGUCCAAGUGGCUGUUGUCUGCAGUAAUGAGAUUAAACCGAGCGCGGGCAGACUUACACAGCAGAACAAAAUUCUUCCUAGGAAGGAAGACAAAUCAAGGAAUCAUUUUUCCCAAAGGGAAAUAGUUGAAAGCUCGUCUCCUUUAAUAUUCAAAACGAGAAGGCACCAGCUAAUUUAUUGCAGGUGGAGUCUUCUGAGUACUCUGGAUUUAAAAAUCAACAACUUCUAGAUGGAUUUUGGCAAUCAGAAAGAGGGAAUUGUGGCCAAGAAAGAGAGGAGAGGGACAUGCACACAGGUUUUUGUGUGUGUGUGUGUGUGUGUAUUAACACUGUUCCAUUAUCCAGGGCUUCCAGCUGAAGGGCACAUGGGGGUGUUACCUCAGUGCAGAGCAAAGAUGAAACAGGAGCCUGAGGUGACUGCAAAUUACAGAGCAGCCAGGCAGCCUCAAACCCACCUGCAAACCCCUCCUCCCCUAUUCUAUUCUAUUCUAUUCUAUUCUAUUCUAUUCUAUUCUAUUCUAUUCUAUCCUAUCCUAUCCUAUCCUAUUUUAUUCUAGCCUAUUUUAUUCUAGCCUAUUUUAUUCUAUUAUAAUCUAUUCUAUUCAUGGUUAUUUCGACCUCUACACGAGGGGAAUUUUCAAAGCAAGGAGAGGAGGUGAAGGAAAGGGCAGGAAACAGUGGGAUCCUCCAUCCUGCACGCAGGGAGACUCGGGUUGGGUUCAAGGGUUUUCUUGCCAGGGGAGGCUCCAUCCCCUGCUGGCUGCGGCACCGCACGUUCUGCUGCGAGGGGGUGCGGUGCCAUCUAGCGACAGCGGGACCUCCUCACUUCCAUCCCAAUCCCGGGCUCCGCAAGGAUGCUCCGGACACCGCGCCCCAGCCCCAGCGGUGGGGGAGUGCCACCGCCGUGACCCGGGGCUUUGCAGCCAUCAUUCCGCCCUCUGCACCAUGCUGCUCAGCAGAUGGGCUCCGGAGAACACCGCCAGUGAACUGGAAAGGUCUGAAAGGCAAGGGGGAAAAUGCUGAUUUAAGAUAAAAGGCUGUGCUCAUGCCAGAGACGGCUCCGAGUUCAAGGAAGCCGCGGCACUUGCCUCGAUAGAGGCUCGUACAAUCAAAAUAAUCCUUAAAAGCUCAUUUCCCUUCCAGCAGUCGCUUUUCAUGGGCAUGAGAAGCAGGAGCUGGUUGUCAGGACUCCUGUAAGUGGCCAAUCUGUCCAGCCCUCACUGCUUUGUGCCUCUGCAGCUCAGGCAGGAUGGAAACUUGGGGUGUUUAAGCACGAGAUCCAUCUUGUGCCCCGACUCAAACACCUCACAUCACAGAAGGAAGGGGCAGCAGGACGUGCCACCCUGUCACCGUUGAUACACACACAUGACCAGGGUCUAAGAAGAAAAAGUUUUUUAUUCUGCAUGUUCUCCAGCUUAUAUACUCUUCACAAAGCAUGAUCUUAAGUUAUUAACUACAUCACAAUAACUUAUUAUACUCAUUGAUGCAAAGAAAUUAGCAUCAAUAUAAUUGGCAAAAGUUUUACAGAAAUUUAAUAAGGCACAUAUACACAUCUACUUAUGCAUGUAGUCUAGCUUACAAACAUUUUCAUGUAUCUUUUCUAAUCUGUUUCUAUGCUAACAGCAUUGUCUUCUUCCUUGCUAUGGAUACCCUUGAAAAUCAUCAAUUGUUAUUUCUUCUAUUAACUCAGCCUUGCUUGCAGGCCAGCUGUCAAGCCCCUCCAUACCACCCAUCCCCUGUCACCUCUCCCAGCCCCUGUGACCGAUUCGGGGAGCUGGGGUCACAGGCAUUUUUUGGGGAGGCUGCCAUGGGAGCACACAGUGGUUCCCAGGGAUUCUUGGAGGGCAGGGGAGGGAUCAGCCUCUGCUGAUCAGCCCGGCUGAGAUCUGCCAGCAAUCAAAGCAGACAGGCUUGUGCCUCCUAAUUGGCUUUUCCUGCAAGCCCCAGUCUCUGCUCUCACUCAAUCUAACCUGAAGAGCCUUUCCCUUGCUGAGACCCUCCUGCCUUCUUCACUGGGCUUCCAGCAAGAGCCACCCCAUCUCAGCCAAGGGCUCAGGGCUGACCUCUGCUCCAGACCCUGGGGCUGCUGAUCUCUCCCCUCACACACUCAGUGCCUCUCAGGACAGCCCAGUGCCUCUGUGAUUUGUUUUUUCUCAUUUCCUGCCUUCUAAUUAGCUGCUGUCUUUCAGACAGGAGGACAGAACCCUUUCCCCAGGAGCUGUGCAGAGCUGCCAGGUAGUUUGGAUCUCUCAGGGCUGCAGGAGCAGUGCAGGGGCACUCAUGGGGACACACAUGGAAGUCACAGCCCGAGCAGAGCAGGUCCUUCACCCAGGGAUGGAGAGGGACAGCAGGAGUGUGAACAUGUGCCGCCAGCCAUGUGUGCAGGCAGAGCACACAGAUGCUGCAGAUGAGAACAGAACUGCACACAAAUACACACACACACCCUGUGUGCUCCUGCCAGGCACAGGCAGGCCAUGGCACACAAACACCCGCUGCCAGCUGCUGACUGAGCUGAUUUGCUCUGCCCUUUGCCUCCUGCAUUUAUGUCCCUCCAUGCACAUGGAAUAAAUAAGAUAUCCCAGCUCCCAGUGUGCUGCUGUGUUUGCAGACACCACUGCCACCCACUUGGUGCUACCUGAGCAGGUGUGUGCUUCCUGACAGCUCCUGCCACCCCCAGCCCUCUGCCCCAGCACCUGGCUGCCCAUCAAGGACCUGCUAUCACCCUCCUGGCAGCUCUUUUUCUGACCCUCAUUCAUGGAAGGAAGCAACAAAGAACCCAGAAGCCACAUCAGAAGGAGGGGUGAUGCUCUCCAGAGGCACUGGGCUGAGCACAGACAGCAGGGCAAUAGCAGCUCAUGGCCCUGCAGGAUGGUUAAAGAAACUGGGCCAUGGUAGAGAGGAGCUGGGCCCUUUCCAGUGAAAACAGAUGUUCAUCUGCAGCUGGACAAGUUGUGACGGGAGGUGAUGCCACGUGAUGUUGGCAAGGAAACCACACCUCAUGUUGAGCUGCAGCCUGGGGGCUGUGUGGUGUCCUCUCCUGAUACCUGCAGACCCACAGAGAAAAGAGAGGGGCAGCAGCCCCUCCAAACUCCCCUGGAAAAGUCCACCAGAACUACACAGGAGAAGUGCAUGAAAAAACUUAAACCUCUCAGUGCUUAAAGUAGGCUGAUAAAAUGAGGGAAAGGAACCUUUUACAGAGGGACAUAGUGAGAGGACAAGGGGGAAUUAUUUAAAACUAAAAGAGAAGAGGUUUAGAUUAGAUGUUAGUGAAAAAAGCCUUUACUCAGAGGGCAGUGAGGCAUUGAAAUAGGUGGACCAGAGAAGUUGUAGAUGCCCCAUCCCUGAAAAUACUCAUGGCCACAUUGGAUGGGGCCUUGAGCAACGUGGUCUAGUGGAAGGUGUCUCUGUCCAUGGCAGGGGGUUGGGAACUGGAUGAUUUUUUAAUGUCCCUUCCAACCCAAACCACUCUGGGAUUCUGUGAAACUGCAAAACCAGCAUCAGUUGCUUGGCCCUUUGCCACAAAGAGCAUGGAGUGUUUUAUCUCAGGUGAUGGGGACUUGUGGUACUGGCACAGCCAACCCGUAUCUUCCAUUGGCACGGGGUGGUGUUCUCAAACAUACACUCUCUAAAGGUGUCAGAAAAGCAAACCAAAGAGACAACAGCUGGGCCUGGUUCAAUAUUACUGGGUACAUCAGUCAAAUUGUAUCCCAGCCUGCUGAAGCUGGACUCUGAAAACCACCCCCAGAGCCUUUGGUUAUGUUUGUAUUUGUGAAUCAGCUUGGCCAGGCAGGAUCACCAGCCCUGGCACACAGUUUUACUCACCAUUAGCAUGCCAGAAUAGUACCCUUUGCCCAGAUGAACUUUGAGGGCAUCAAGAGUCCUCCAGGUCUGAGUGCUUUAUUAUUAUCCCUCUCCAAACACUUCCCAGAGCAGCCACCUGUGACCCCACAUUGCUGCAAUGAUAGGAGCAAUUCCCAGCUUACCAUAAAGCAGGUAGAGGGGCUGUCCUUCUUCAGUCACUUUCCCAAAGAAAUUUUCUUCAUUCUUGCCUCUAAAAUACUGGAACUGAUGAGGAAAUAGGGAACCAGAAAAUGUAGGUAAUACCUCUCACCUUCCCAGCAUUUCUCUUAAAUUUUUGGCCGUGGCCAGAGGUGACAGGGGGGCCUGGCUGUGAGGAUCACAGCCUGAGGACAUGACAGUGAGUCAGGGAAAUGCCUCUUCCCCAUUGCACCACUGCCUGGCUGCAUCCCCAUCCUGUACCAGGUUACACCAGGGGUAUUUUGAAUGAAUAAAUUCUGAAAAUAAGCCAGGGCCCCAGCCUUUCCCAACCCCUGCUCAGAAUUGCUGGGACUCAUGAUUGACUCAGCCUGGUGGAAGAGCAAUUUCACUGUUCCCUAAAAAUAGACCAAGUAGUUCAUCCUCUCAACAUAGCCCAGCACCCUGAGAUAAAACCAGCUGCCAGAGACCACUGGGAGGCAGUGAACAGGACUGAGGGUGUGGAGCAGGACUCCUUUUGGGAUACACAGAGGGCUGCCUGGCCCUGGGUUUCACACAGAUUUUCCACUGGGGCUGUCUGAGACUCGACUCAGCUGUUGGGACUACAGAGACCUCCCUAUGAUCGGGGACGGUCAUUUUUAGACCCAUCAGGCAACACCAGCCACACACUUCAACCAGGACGAGGGAGGUGCUCUGCGCCCUCCGUGAAGGAGCUGUCGGCUCUGUAUCUCUCGCAGACAGCUGCUGCUGCCGCCGCCAGCCCCGCACAGCCGAGUACUGUGAAGGACAACUCCAUUCACUCUCCCUACAGACAGAAAAAAAGCAAGAUGUCAGAGGCUCAGAAAUCAUCUAAAGUUGCCAUCCAGAAAAUGGAAGAUGACUUGCCUCCCCCUCCAGCUGUUGGCUCAGUCCAGGUCGUCCCUCCAGGGGGCCAGGAUCUCAAUGCACUCCCUGUGCCUCCUCCAAAGCAAGCCUUCUCCAAGUUCUACCAGCAGCGCCAGGUGAACGAGCUGAAGAGACUCUACAGGCACAUGCACCCCGAGCUCAGGAAGAACCUGGAAGAAGCUGUGACUGAGGACCUGGCAGAAAUGCUCAACACUGAGGAUCCCAAUGCACAGGCCUCUGUGAACCUGGAUAAAGUUCUCCCGGGAGAGGUUCAGUCCAUGCGCUGGAUUUUUGAGAACUGGGCGCUUGACUCCAUUGGGGACCAUCAAGCCACGAAGAAGCUGACAGAAGAAGAGAUCAUUCCCAGUGGGGAUGUGAAAAGCACUUCCCUGAGGUUUGAAAGCCAGUCCAUAAAUGGAUACAACCUGUCAACAUCAGCCAAGGUGUCAGAAACAGACCUUGCCAAAGGGGAUGUUCGCACUGCCCGGUGGCUCUUUGAAACCCAACCACUGGACACAUUAAAUAAACUGUAUUCGGAUGAAACUGAGGUGCAGGAGGCAGUUCUCAAGGAGCCUGUGCAGGGAGGUGAUGUGAAAGGGGCCAAACAGCUCUUUGAAGCACAGUCCUUGGAUGCCAUAGGACGCUGCUCCUCAGUGGAGGAGAAGAGCAUCCUACAACUCAAGUCAGAAAUCCAGGAGCUUAAAGGCGAUGUUAAGAAGACUGUCAGGCUCUUCCAAACAGAGCCUCUCUGUGCCAUCAGAGACAAAAGUGGGACUAUCCAUGAAAUCAAGUCUGUCUGCCGAGAAGAAAUUCAGACCAAUGCGGUCAGGACGGCCCGCUGGCUCUUUGAGACCCAGCCCCUGGAUACCAUCAACAGGGACACUUCCAAAGUGCAGAUAAUCCGUGGGAUUUCACUGGAAGAAAUUGGAAGGCCAGAUGUCAGUGGCGCAAGGUGGAUAUUUGAAACUCAGCCUCUGGAUGCCAUCAGAGAAAUCACAGUUGAAGAACAGGACUUCCAGGCUUCAACAGAUUUUGUCACAGGGGCAGAUGUCACUAAACAACGAUUGCUCUUUGAGACCCAGACUCUUGACUCCCUGAAAGGAGAAGCUUCAGGAAGUGCUGUAGCCAAAGAACAAGUCAUUGGAGGUGAUGUGAAAUCUACACUCUGGCUCUUCGAAACGCAGCCAAUGGAAACCCUGAAAGACAAUUUUGAGGUGGGACGUUUGAAGAAAGUAGAGCUUUCAGCAGAGGAGAAGGGAGAUGUGAAGCAAAGAAAACAUGUCUUUGAGACCUGUCCCCUUGGCAGUAUCUCCAAGGCAUUUGAGGAAGAAAUUCCAGCCACCAGCAUGGAGGAGGUAGUGAAAGGGGAUGUGAAAUCUUUCAAGACCCUGUUCGAGACUCUCCCCUUAGACAGCAUUAAGCAGGCUGAUGCAGAGCCCGCCGCCAAAGAAGAGGAGGAGAAGAUUCCAGCUGGCAACGUCAAAGCCAACCAAAUCCUGUUUGAGACAACACCCCUGUAUGCCAUCAAGGAUAGCUUUGGCAAUUUCCAUGAAGUCACCUCUGUGAGCAGAGAGCAGAUCAUCAGCGGCGACGUCAAGAACUACAAGUGGAUGUUUGAAACCAGGCCCCUGGACCAGUUUGAUGAAAGCAUCAAGAAAGUGGAUAUAAUACGGGGGAUCACAAAGCAAGAGGUGGUGGCUGGUGAUGUCAGGACAGCCAAGUGGCUCUUUGAAACUCAGCCCAUGGAUGUCAUUCAUCUCCAAGCCACAGAAGGGGAGAAGCAUCCCUCGGUGAAGCGGGAGAUCUCCCAGAAGGGGGAUGUGAAGACCUGCCGGUGGCUGUUUGAGACCCAGCCCAUGCACACCCUGUACGAGAAGGCUGAGAAGAAGCAGGAGGAGGAUGGCAGCAUGCCCCAAGCCGAUGUGAAGUCCUACACAUGGAUGUUUGAGACUCAGCCCCUGGACUCCCUGAAAGGCCAGGAGGAGCAGUAUUUGCAAGUCAGUAAGGCCUACAGUCAGGAGGAAUUGCAGGGAGUGGACGUCAAAACUGUCCGGCACCUGUUUGAGACUGAACCCUUGGGCAGCAGCACUGUCAGUGAAGCUGACAGGAAAAAAACCAUGCGGUACUCCAGCCGUGUGGAGUUCCAGUCUGGGGAAGUGUCCAGAGUGAAAGAGUUCUUUGAAGCCAAGCCCUUGGACACAGCCACCAAGCCAAAAUCCCAGAAGGAUGCUGGAACAAUUGAAGCUGGGUCUGUGCACAAGUUCACGUGGCUCUUUGAGAACUACCCCAUGGACACCCUGAAGGACAACUCUGAGGGCAUCCAGGAAAUACCUCCUGAAAAGGAUGCCAAGGGGGGAGAUGUUGGAGGAAAAAGGUUCGUAUUUGAGACCUAUUCCCUUGACCAAAUCCAUGAUAAAGUGGAUGAGACAGAACUCCAGAAGAUCCAGAAAGACACCAUGAGCAAAGCUAACGUCAAGUCCUGCACAAUGCUCUUUGAAAGCCAACCUUUAUAUGCUAUCCAGGACAAAGAGGGGGGAUACCAUGAGGUCACUUCAGUGCAGAAAGAAGAAAUCAUGAAAGGUGAUAUGAAAGGUGCCCGGUGGUUGUUUGAAACUAAGCCCCUGGAUCAGAUCAAGAAGGAAGAAGAGGUGUUUGUGAUUAGGGCUGUCACCCAAGAGGACAUCAAGAAAGGAGAUGUCCAGACUGCGCGGUGGAAGUUUGAGACAGAGCCUCUUGACUCCUUCUCAGGGGGAAAGUUGUCUGUGCCCAGAACAGUGGAUGAUGUGCAGAAAGGAGAUGUUCAAUCCAACAAGCAGCUCUUUGAGUCCCAGCAAGUGGGCCAGAAGAAGUACGUGAGGAUGGUCAGUGUCAGUGACGUGCAGCGUGGUGACGUGAGGACAUCCACCUGGCUCUUUGAGAACCAUCCUGUGGACUCCCUGUAUGGGGACGCAGAGAGAAGCUCAUCCAUGAGCACAGUGCAGAGAGAGGACAGCCAGAAAGGGGAUGUAAAACGCUGCACCUGGUUGUUUGAAACCCAGCCCAUGGACACCCUUAAGGACACAGAGGUGACAGCCAGCGCUGGGGCCCAAGAAGAGAUCCCUCGUGCAGAUGUGAAAAGCACAACGUGGCUCUUUGAGAGCACGCCCCUAGAUAAAUUUGGUGCUUCUGAAGGUAGCAUAGAAAUAGAACUGAAAGAAAGAACCAUGAAGGAGACUUUAGAGACUCUCUGCACUUGCCAGGCUAUCCAGCAUGAUGGGAUCCUCAUUGAAGCUAAUGAUAUGGAGAGUGUGAAGAUGGUGAAGUACCAGCUCAGCAGCCCAGGAGCUCCAGAGAUCCUGAAAGAGGAGAUUGUGGGAGGCCAUUUGCAAAGGAUUAUGCUGCAGCUCCUGCACAGGACCAAUGUGGAAGCACAGAGCGUGCUGGUGGAGGAAGACAGAGAGGGCAAGAUCAAAGUAAGCCCAUUGCAGCUGCUGGACCAGAGCGAAGCUGUUAAAGGCAAAGAGGACUUGAGUGGAGAUGUAGCCAAGGCCUUACAGGGUCUCCUCAGUCAAGAUGCUUCCAUCAAAAAGGGGAUGGUCCUACAAGAGACGAAGUCGGGAUCACUGAAGAUGACUCUCUACUCCCUCCUGUUCCAUUCUGCCCAGCAGAAAGUCGUCAAGGGGGAUGUGAAGUCAACGAUUGGGAACUUGUUGGCUUCUUCUCAGGAGCAGAAAGCAGCAGCCACCAUCAAGCGGGAGGACAACGAGAAGGGAAAUGUCCAACUUUUUGCGAGCUGCAUUGAGAAAGGAGACCUCAGCUAUCUGAAGAAUCUCCAGCAGGAGUCAGAGAUACAAUCCCUCAUCUCUUCCCAGGCAGAGGAGGAGGGGGCAGAUGAGAGUGGCCCCCGGGCUGUGCAGGGGGCUAACAUACAUGUCUUGACAAAUAAAGAACAAAUGGAGAAAGUAAUUGCAGGAGGUGAGCCAGGGGCUGUGGAGGGAGCAAAAAAGGGAUUUGCAUGUGAAAGCGUGGGCAGAGAGGGUGUGUUAGAGAGAGGGGCUGUGCAUGCAACAGGUGUGACAGGCACCACUGUGCAAUGUCUUGGGAAGCCCCUGCCCACAGUGAUGGGAAAGGAAGAAGUUCUAUCCGGAGGGCUUAAGGUGACUACAAAGUCAAUCCAAAGGGUUGCAGAUGCCAGCAAGAAGGCAGAGAAAGAAGAAGCCACCACUGCCCAUUUGAAGGAACCAAAAUCUAUGAUACAAGGCACAUUUCCAACACAAAUGACAGCUCAGAGGGCAGAAGUGGAUGGGAAACAGCCGAGUGUGGUGCCUGGCGAAACCAGCCAGACUCAGACAGAAGAAAAGGCUCUGGGGACUGAUCUCCAGGCUGCAAUGCAAAGCUUGAGGCGGGCAACAGCAGAAGCAAAAAACAUUCAGCACCACGUUCAGAGCAAGUUCCAGAGGAACAGGGAGGAGGUCCACACAGCCUGCAGGCAGCAGACAGUCAGCUCACAGGGGACCAUGACCCUUCAAUCGACAGUACACCAACAGGACUCCUCAUCCACCAAGCAGGAGAGCAGCAGCACUGCCACCAGGACCACCACCACUAGAGUCCAGGAGGCAUCCAAGACCCACACAAGUGUGUCUCAGAAGAGCAUAGCAUCACACAAAAAGGUCAGUGCUUCUGAGGAAGUACAGGGACGACAACUAUUGAGCCAGGAAAUCCAAGUUGUGCCCAGUAGAGAUUUUAGCAUUAAGGAUGGCCUUUAUUCUGCCACACCCGUGAAAACCUAUGUAAACCCUUGUGUUGAGUCUGAUUACAAAGAGCAAUCAGAGCAAGAAGAAAGAGAUGUUGGUUUCAGAGGGGAUGUGCAGACAGCUAUCAGAGCACUGCAAAGUGCCGCCACAGAACAGCGCCUGGUAGAAAAGGAGGACGUUGUCCGAGGUAAUUUAAAAGCCACACUUCAGUCGCUGGAAAAGUCUAAUGUUAAUGUCUCCAGAGGGGAUUUUAAAGCUGCUAUGAUAUACAGAAACGCAGGGCAGUCCUAUUCUGUGUGUAAAAAGAAAAAUGAGACUCAACUCGCUAGUAAGGAGACUGCUGUAGUGGCUUCAGGGUCACAGGCUGAUAAUGACUUUCCUCCUCCUCCCUCAGUUGCUGUGAUGAAAGCAGAGCAUUGCCCACCCUCAACUAAAGCAGCAAGAGAAGGUGCCCUUCCAUUACCAACCAGCAAAGAUGAAGCCCCAGGAUGUUCUGCACUACUCAAGACCCCUACUCCUGCUCUCCCUUCUCUGUCCUGUAAACCCAGUGACCAGAGUCCUGCAGAGAAGCCCAGGAUUCCUCCAAAACCAGAAACUACUGCCUCACCCAGGAAAAAACCUGUUCCCCCUCCCAAGCCUGAGCACCUCUUACAUGAGGCAUAUUCUGCCUCUGCAAAUUACAGCACAAGCAAAUCAACAAAACCAAUCCCUCCACCCCUGCCUCCAAAACCUUCAGGCUUGAGGGAGAUCAACAAGCCAAGGCCUUCCCCCACAGAGCUGGGAUUAAGCUGCACGGAAGUUCAUGAACAGUCAGGCUAUGAGGAGGUUCAAGCAAAAUGCUGCAAUUCAGAGACAUCUGUGAAGAAGUCUGUCACAGUUCAGGGUAUAAACCCUGAGAGAAAGCUGCCAAAAUACGCUGCCAAAACCCCUCUCCAAAUAGCAGAAGAAAGGUACAAGGCCAGCAAAGGAGAACAAGGAAAGGUAGAACCAGACAGUGCUCAGACCUCAAAGCCAAUGAAAAAUGGAGUGGUUGGUUUUGAAGCUAAGCAGGGAAUGAUGAGUGAUAAAGCAGCUGCUCCAAGGAGAUGCCCAGGCGAGGUGGCUCAAAGGCAGGUAGAGCUGUGCCGAGAGGAGAAGGGGUGCUCUUCACUGUCACCUCCAGCCUGUCCUGGCAGAGCACAGGCACAGGAUGUGCCAGGACAAACUGAGCCAAGCACCUCCCCUGUGGGUCACAACAGCCCUCCAAAAAGAGGAGAUGGCACUGCACAAAAUGCCUCAUCCAAGGUGGAAAGGGAAAGUGUAUCUAAUUCUUAUGGAUUGUGGGAUAGUCAGAGAGUUGUGCAGCAGGUGCAUGAGAGGAGGCAAACAUCUCAUUCAAUGUCCUUCCAUCAGCAGUCAACGAACUCCUUCGAGGAGCACCAGGAGGGAAACAGCAGGCAACUGAAAUGUCCUGAUAGGGAGGCAGAGCCACCUGCCCAGGAGAAGCCAGUGGUUGUUAUGAGAGAAAAAAAAAAGAGAGAAACGGAAGAUGAGCGUCGGAAGAGGCUGUCAGUACAUAAGGAGGAGAUCAUGAAAGGCAAUGUCAAGGAGGCAAUGGAGAUCUUUGAGAACCUCAGGAGACAGGAGCAGCUGCAAGAGAUCUUGACCCGAGUGAGGGAGUUUGAGGAGGAGACAAGCAAAGUGGAUGUGAAAGCUCUCAAGAGCUUCUUUGAGAAGGUCCCCGAGUGGGUUGUGCACCAGAAGGCCAAGCAACAGGACAAAGCUGAGGCAAAGGAGGAUGCUGACAGUGUCUCCUCAGUGGAUCUGGUUUUUGAGGACCUGGAGCGAGCAAGUGCUGAGAUUCUGCACCUGAAGGAGCAGACACUUGCCCGCAUCCAGGACAUCGAGGAGGCCAUCAAGAAAGCUAUUUAUUCCGUUUCUAAUCUCAAGUCUGAGUCAGACAUUGCUGGGCUCUCAGGGCUGUUCAAGGAGUCUCUGGGGAGCACCCAAAGCUCUGUGAGCAGUAGCAAUAUCCGUAAGAUCAGCAUUGUUUCAAGCAAAGCCAGGCAAGAGGAAGUCAUGCUGGAGACAGGGGAAGCAGCAUCUGUGGAAAGUGCAAAGGUGGCAGAAAAGACGGAGGCAGCCAAGGCAGAGCUAGAGGUCCCCCGCCUUGUUCAGUCCCGUGUCAGCUCUCCCUCCUCACCUUCCUACAUCUCCAUUGAGUCUGCUGCCAGGAAACCAGCAGAAUCACCCAGGACAGCACAUUCCCCCCAGGAUGGCCCUUCACCAGACUGUCUUGACUCUCCAGGAAAGAGGGAGGCUUUUGCUCAGAACAGCUUUAGCUCCUAUAACCACCCCUCAGCAGGGUCUGCUGGGCACGACACGAAACCCUCAGAGAAGAGAUCAGACCCUGUCCAAACAAAAGCUGGGCUGAGCUCCAUGAAACAGCACACGCUUGGCAAUGCCAACCAUCCAACCAGUGACAAAGAGAAGUGUUCUCUGGACACCUCCAAAGACAGCUGCCAUUGUGGGAUGAAAGGCAGCUUUUCGGAAUACCGCUCCCUGAACGUCCCCAGCCCACAAAAUCCACGGAGGCAGAAAAGCAUCUUGGAGCUGCAGACAGGGCCUGACGGGUCCAAGCUCUACGGAGCCACCCGGACUGUCAUGGAGCAGUAUGAGGAAAUGGACCAGUUUGGAAACAAAAUCAUCACUUCAUCCACCACAGUCACCAAGCAAUCUGAGACACAAACGUCUUCCACACGCGACGUGGGUUCUCAUCCCCAGUAUGAGGUAUCUGCCUCACCUGUGUUUCAGAGGUACUUGAAGAGCCCAAGUGAAGGCUUCCACACCAAUGGGAGUUUUCAGGAGCCAGGAGUGGUCUUUGUCACCUUUGGCAACUCCAAGCCAAAGAAAUAGGAGAUUCUGCAGAGCAAGAGAGGACUGUAUAAAACAAAAGAGAAAGGCCACGAUAAACAUUUCUCCUGUUUGAUCCACAUUACAUACAGGGAUUUACCUACACCCUAAGGACUUCUCAGGGUCAUCGUCUUGGUGUUUGCACACAGACAGGACAAGUGCAGCCUGCCUUGACACUGGAGAACAGCCCUCACCUGGCCAACCCAACAGACUUGGUGCUGCACCACAACCCAAAGUCCUGGCACUGUUAGAAGCACAAGGGAAAAAUCCAUCCAUGGGCACCUUAGGGUACUUCCCCCUACAAUGUUUGGUGGGAGUGGUUGGAGGUGUUGGAUCAGGCUUCUCUGAACUACUGCAGAAGGAAGGAUCAAUUAAAGAACCAGUCAAUCUGGUCACUGGCAAACAAACACCUUCAUGGCACCUUCUUUUUCUAAGAAUGGCAUCCUACACACACACACACACACACACAUAUAUAUAUAUAUAUACACAAGCUCAUAUUGAAGGGUGGGUUGGAUAGGUUUUCUCUUAGCCAGUAAGAAAAGAAAAGGAGAAAAAGAAAAUCUUGAGUUGUUGUCACUCUUGGACUUGGGGGAGUUAUUUAUCAGUUUGUUUUUCAGUUCCUGGAAAGUGUUCGAUGAUACUGGAAAUUGUAAAGCUAAGACCUACAGCUACUAUCAAUGCCAUUCCCCCAAAGAAAGAUGCUAUGAAAGGUCCUUGAGUCAGAAUGGUUACUGCUUUCUUUUCUUUAUUUCUAGAAUUGUAAUUUAUUAUUCAGUAUACACAAAUCCCUUAGUUUAGAUUUUCCAUGCUUUCUUACAUGUUUACUGUUUAAAUUCAUUUUGAGACUUUGUAAAGCAAUUUUUCUUAUUAUGACUUUGUUUUGUACAUUCUCAGCUCAAGAUUUUAGAUCUUUUGUGGUUUUGUUGGGUUUUUUUAUUUAACUUCUAUUGCUGCGUUCUGACGGUAAACUUUACUUCUAAAAAUACUUUGGUCUGGUUGA